UGAAUACAUUACUUUUGAAUUCUGCCAGGCUAUUUCUCAAUUUUACUCAGAUAACACACAAAUUCAGUCAUGUAUUCGACAUAAAUCCAUUAGAAUAACGAAAAUCAUUAUUAUACAGUAUAUGUGGACUGGGGUAAUUCCUAGACCGAUUUCACUAAUUUUCACCACUAAGCUACAGUAUAUCCAAGAUUUUGCGAUCACUUAAAUUUGCUAAGAUGUCUCACAUAUUACCAAUAUACAUAGGUAAUGGUAUGAAAAAUAUAAUUAAUAGAAUUUUAAAGAUGAUAUAAGUUUAUAUUGGGAAGUGUUUUAAACUUUGGUCCUAGAAAAAAAGCUGUAUAUUUGUUUUAAGAAAACUUUCAAUCAAAUUUACAAAAAAUUUUACAGUUACAGUUUUUGUUAUUAUUUUUCCAUCAACCAUACUGAAUUUCUCUGUUUACUCUUUCUAUGCGCUCACAUAGAUGAUCCAGGCAACGAGGACGUAUCUCACAAGUCCUUUUCGACUGCAACAGCGAAAACACAGAAAAACUUGUUUGGUUUGCGUGUGCAGUCGUGUGUAGAUAUGGCAGAGCAACCAAUAGACUUGCAACAAAGGGCACAGCGGGAAAUUCGAAAUAAUACAACCAGAGAAUUGCACAGUUACAACAACAAUGGCAAUACGAGUGAGUCCUCAUUAUUUUCCUUACAGCCGCAUCGGCUUCAGCGGCAUCAUCAAGCUCGUUUGACACUACGUGCCAAUUUGCCGCAGCAUAACAGUAAGCAAGGGCAACAUUUUUGGAAACAAACACCGCUGCAAAUACAACAACAAUAUUUGGUUAAAGAUCGCCCGAAAUUCGAUUUCUCACCAAGCAUACGAAAUUCGGAAUCCGCAUUGAGAAGGUCAAACGAAGCGAAAAAUUUGGAAAGUAAAAAACGCGUCGUCAAAAUGCUUUUCGUUUUGGUGCUGGAGUUCUUCAUAUGCUGGACGCCACUCUAUGUGAUCAACACUAUUGUCAUGUUUAUUGGCCCAGCUAUUUACGAGUACAUAGACUACACAUCUAUCUGCUUUUUUCAAUUACUCGCUUACUCCUCGAGCUGCUGCAACCCCAUAACAUAUUGCUUCAUGAAUGCCGGUUUCCGGCGUGCAUUUCUCGACACAUUCAAAGGGAUGCAUAUGAGCAGCGGCUCCAGCAGAAGGAUGAGCGAAGCAGGCUUCAGCGGCUGGGUCAGGCGACGAAAGCGCGUAGCUAGUGGUAGUAACAGUGUUAGCUGCACGCAAUUCAAUUCGAUUUCACUGACCAAUAACACAAUUAUUGUGCCGAACAACAGCACAGCAAUGCACAACUCACAAAACCCGCAAAGUAAUUGAGAUUUUCAAUCCUACACACGGUUAUGUGUGGUGCACCAGUAUCAGUACAUAUAUACAUUUUUGAAUGUGGGAAUGCACUCCACCAAAUCGGAAUAUCCACAGGUUCUAAAUAUCAACGAGUAAUGAAGGGCUAAGUUCGGGUGCUGCCGACCAACAUGUACUCUUAUAAUGUUUAAAAAUCAUAGGAUUUCAAAUGUUUACAGUUGUUUGCAAAACUUUAUUAUAAAAAAUCUUGUGUAAUACAAAGUUUAUAAUCAAUUCUAUUAUUGAUUUAUUUUUUACUGAUAUAUCCUCACUAACCGAAAUGUACGAUAUGGACAUAGGAAAGUCUGGAACGAGAUGGGAUUAUGCCAGUGCUGGGCUUGUAGCAAAUGUUGCCAAGAGGUCCUUGGUGUGCUAUAGGUUCUCAAGAUAAAGUUAUUAAAUAAAAUAAAACUGUUAAAAAUAAACUUUUCUAGAUUUAAUAUGGGCAAAUUUACUGCCCUUUUGUAGAUAUUUAUAAUUUCUCAUACGUAUUAUGGUAUUUUCGUUAAUACUUUUGUCCUUAACUAUAUACAGCUUUAUACAUAUUCAAAACUUUGAUAUGAAUAGUGUAGUUAUGUGACUGAGUUUGUGUGCCCUUCUGUAUGUAUUUGCAAAAAUGUAAUAACUGUCGUUGAUUACUACU